CAAAAUGAUUUUGAAUCAUCAAGAAAACCUAUUAUUCCAGAAAAAUACUAACCAACAAAUUUGGGUAAGGACUUAUUUAUUACACUUUAAAUAAAUAUAUUUUUUUAAUUUAGAACGAAUAUAGGAGUACUUGAAAGGUUACUACUUAUUCUGAUAAAGCAUUGUUUGAUUUAUGGAAGGUGAUAACAAGAUCUCAAGCAGGAAAACCUCCUCCAAAGAAACCAGCUAAGGAACCAGAAAAUGUUUAUUCCUUAAGUAUUUUUAAUAUUAGGAGCUAAUAAGAAAAUAAUUAGAACAUAAAAGAAAUUUACAUUUUUAUGCUUAAUCUCAAGAAAAGGAUAUUCAAGGGAUAAAAAGAUUGCCCUUACUCUCAUAUUUAUCUUGUUUUAGAUUUAGAGCCAACUGAUA